UUUAUGAGCUAGCUAACGUACGCUCCUUAGUAGGAAGAAGAAGCCGAUUCUGGAAGCCAUUACGUUGCGCAUAUCAAUUGAGUACUAUUUUUGCGUAUACUACGCACAACUACUUCUCCAGAAUAGGACUUUAUGCAAUUAUGGUGUCGGUUGCGAAAAAGAGAAAAAUGAAUUUCUCGGAGAGAGAGGUUGAAAUUAUUGUGGAAGAAAUAGAGAAACAAAAGCACACACUGGUAAACCACUUCAAUGCUGGAGUAACCCACAUGGCAAAGAACAACGCAUGGCUGGAGAUCCUCAAAAAGGUGAACGCUGUCACGACCUGUCCAAGAGAGUUACCUGAGGUCAAGAAAAAGUGGUCCGAUAUGAAGACGGAGGUCCGAAGGAAGGUGGCCCAGGCACGGGCUGCGAUAGAGGGGACGUCCAACGACUGCACUCCCGUUCCCGUCCUUCUCACUGCUAUGCAGCAGAGGAUCUGUAACCUCCUGGGAGAAGCCACCAUCAUCAGUUUACCUGCAGGAGACUCGGAUACAGAGAUCACGUUGCCCGUCACAGCGAACGCCACCACCACCGUCACACUCACAGAGACUCUUCCGGCAGUAUCCGUAACAGUUUGUGAAGAAGCAAAAACACUGAAUGCGGAAACGGCUUACCAUGCAUUAGAGGACGGAGGCGUAGUAGAGUACUGCACCACAACCGUAAACGAUUCAACUCCGACUGUGGUGGCAACCGUUGAGACCCCAGUGGAGGUGUUGGCAUCAUCCUCAGCUUCCUCGCCGCCUCCGCCUCAGGGUCACGCUAAACCCCAGGAGCUGAAGAGCCGUAUUGCCCUCAACUCAGCUCGACUUCUACAGGAGCAGAGAGUCACCAAUGUCCACAUCCGACAGAUUGCCCAGCACCUGGAGGGUCAGAACCAGUUGCUGCAGAUGAUGCGUCACUCCCAGGAGGCCCAAGCGUUUGCGCAGGAACGACAAGCCCAGGCCUUGGAAGGUACUCAGGCCGCACUGCUAGCACUGGUCCAGAUGCUUAGGCCGGUUCUAAAAGACUUGCGCAAAUUCCUGCAGAGUGGGACUGAAGUGACAAACUUGCACAGCGCAGCAACAGGAUUGACAUCUGAUGGGGCGUUAAUAGAGGAACAGAGUAGGCCAGCGACACCGCCACCUGCUCCCCAGCACUCAGAGGAGACACAAUAGACUCUUUAAUUUUCUCGGCACCGCCACCUGCCUCCACUGCACAUCCUGAGGAAUCCCUGCACAGAGACUUCAGCAAGCCUUGAAAAACAUUUUAUAAGUUGCCUUAGGAAGCGCAUGUGUAUGAUUUUAGCUUUGCGUUCACCUGAGUUGGCCGUGGCUUUGGAUUUGAAUUGAUGUUUUUAUGCACAGGUCACUCCCAGCCAGUCUUGUGUUUAUAUGUCUGCUAGUCACGAAAAAAGUAUUAAAGGGGGAAAAAAUGUUGAUGAAAUCUUGUGUUUUGAAUAAAAGAGUAUAGUUCAUCACUGUCAA